AUGGGGAAGGAAGACUACGUAUCCACCGGUGGGAGUCUGAAGCUCAAAGGAGUUAUGGACGGUGGAAUCAGAAAGAAGAAGAAAAAGAAGCCUCCGACCCCAGAUCCAGCAUCGGAACUGAAAUCACGCGACGCUUCCGCCGGAGCUGCGAGCGCCCAUGGACUGGGGGAACGUGGGGAGGAGGAGCCGGAGGAGGAGCCGGAGGAUCCCUACGCUGGAAAGACUGAGGCCGAGAGGCGGUUCGAGGAGAGGAAACGAAAGAGGGUUUGUAUUUCUUCAAAGUCUGGCAACUGGGUGAAGGCUUACGAAUUAUAUAUAGCUAGACGAGAGACUCAAGAAGGAGGGGAUCAAAAGUCACAAGGAGCGUGUCGAGGAGUUUAACAAGUAUUUGAGUAAUCUCAGUGAGCACCACGACAUGUUAGUCCUCACAAUCCCCCCGCCCUCCCCGUUAUAGAUUGCCGAUUGUCCUAAUAUUAUCUAUAGGCCUCGUAUUGGCCCAGGCUAACGUCCUUCGCGGGAAAAUUUGGGGGCUCGAUUGGUCUCGGUAUUUUUCAUAUCUGUAUCGCUGCACUUUGGCUCUCUAAUAACGAAGUCGUCUCGAGCUAUCGUAUUCACGCGCUAGCCCACCUUACGAGGCAAUUACUUAUAGAAAUCGUGAUGAAUGUUCAAUCCGGACAUUUGACAUGUUUAAUACCCAAUGCACUCGGGUAAGUCUGGGGCACCGGUACUCGGCUUUCCUUUUUUUGUUUUGAUAAACCAAACACUGUAUUAAAGUACAUAUGAAAAACAUUGGUAUGAG